AUGACGAAGCUUCCAAAUACAUCGAAGCACAAUUUAUUGCUGCCAAUGACAACCGUGAAAAAUCCAUCUACACCUCAUCUCACCUGCGCCACCGACACACAGCAAGUGCAAUUUGUCCUCGACAGCGUACUGGACACGAUAUUGUCGUCGAAACUCAAAGGAUGUGGACUUUAUUAA